CUGAUGGGCAGCUGCCAUGGUGCCUGAUUGAAAACGUCCGUCAGUGUUACUUUGAGACCAGCACUACACAAAACCCGCCCUCCCCAUGGGUUUGGUAAAGACUCGUGUUGUUCUAGGGCUUUUUGUUUUUAUCCGGUUCCCUUUGAAGGCUUCCCGUGUUCACUAUUUUCAGGCAUUCGUGGGGGAAGACUAUGAGUCUUCGGGCCCUUGCGCGUUAUGGUGUCGCAAGAAGCCGGCUUGGGGUCCUUCUGCGUCAGGCGUCGCAGUCGGGUGCUGGUGGGCCGUUAGGUGCGCGCGUGCCGGCGGCGGCCACCAUGUAUUACAAGUUCAACGGCUUUACGCAGAGGCUGGUCGGGGCCGCGGCGUCCGCUGCCUACAACCCCCAGGGACUCAAACCAAUAGUAUCCACUGAAUCCCCAGCUUUGAUUUUUGGGACAACAACUAAACUUGCUUCAGAUUUACCAGCAGCUGGUUCUUUCUUGGGUAAAAACAAGGUGCCAGACCUACAGAAACUUUUUCAGAAAGCAGAUGGACUGCCAGUACACCUGAAACGGGGAGUUCCAGAUAAGCUGCUUUAUCGGACCACUAUGGCUCUAACAAUAGGCGGGACUAUCUACUGUCUAGUAGCCCUGUACAUGGCCUCACAACCAAGAAACCAAAAGUAAAUGAACCAUAACUAAUGGGACUAAUGGCAUUUCUCUGAAGGACCUCCUGCAUGUCUCUCUCUUCACUUGCUUUUUAAUCCUGUGAUCAUAUAGGAGGUGUGUUUUUCAGAUCAAAUGUGUUUGAGAAAGUAUUUUUAAAUUGGUUGCCUUAUGUAUUCUGGAAAUCAUAUAAACAAAGACUUAAAGCCAUCAUUUUAACAUAUGGUUGUAGCCUUGCAUUUGUUGUUGUGCAGGAGUGUAUAAACAGUUGGAGAAAGCUUGCUUUUCUUCCUUAUCCCUUAACAGUGUGUGGAGGAAGGUAAGACAGGAGAAAUACUUUUGGGGCGAUAUUCCAUGCCCCUCGGUGGGGAGAUGCUAUCAGUUUCAAAAACUGUAAAGCAUAUCACUUAGUUACUACUAGACACCAAGAAUCUCUUCCUGUCAUACACAGUUCAUUUAACGUAAGCAGGUGGCAAUGGAACUUUUCCAAAUGCUGGUAUAUCAUUAAGUAGGAGAAAGGGUUUUCUCCUUGGAACAUUCAAACUGGGUUUAUUCUAUAAUGUAAACACCAAUGUAUUCAGCAGAAUGCAGCAGUACUGUAGCAUCAGUUAUACCAGUUUUUGGACUAUUACUUGUCAAACUCUCUUGUAUUGUGCAAUAAAGCUAACUACACGAAUAAUAAAAGUGGCAAGUCUUCAAAGUUUCGUACUGUUUCAGCUGGCCCAGUAGUGAAAUACAUUAGUAUGCUUUAAGUUCAACUUGCAGAUCUCAAACUAGACAAUUGAUUGAACUGCCUCACUGCAGUCUUUUUGAGAUGGUAACCCUUUUGAAACCUUAUCUCAGAAUUCAUGGAAUGCUUAACUAUAAGAUGUUUUUGUGAAACAAGUCACUACAUUUCAUAGCUUAGCUGCAUAUAUAUAUAUAUAUAUAUAUAUAUGUAUGUUUGUUUACUUUGCUGGGUGGGGAAAAGGGUGGAAGUUAAUAAAACGCUUCAAUUAAUUCUCUUUCCCCUGUAAAAUCAGAACCUUGGACUACAGCUAGUCUUUCACACAAGCCUUUAUACAAGCAUCUUCUAAUGUGAUAGGUAUUCCCCUAGUUUAUGAGCAGAGGGUAUUCACUCCUGGUCACUCCGCCACUAAAUCUAAAUAAGCACGGUUUUGACGGAGGCCAGUGAAACCAAUCUCUUCCAGAACCAUGAAGAAACCGCUUUCUUCAUAAAUAGGCAAGCCAGUUGAUAAAGGAACCUAAAAUUUCUAUUUAUUUGUUCUUUUACUAAAAACAUUAUUAUUUGUUUCCCAGUUAGGUUGUACUGAAGCCUUAUUACUAUGCCAUAGGAAAAAAAAAUAGCUGCUUGUACUCCGAUCUCAGGUUUUGGUCAGUGUUGCUAUUUCAGGAAUGGAGAGAUUAAGUCACUGGAUAAGAAAUUUGUAAGGACAGCAAGGCUCAGAGAAUAGCAAAGGAUUAAUGAAGUUCUACAGGAACUGACAGCUAUAUAGUCUCUACUGGUAAACUAUAUUAUCCUCAGUAGCCCAUGCUUCCAGAAAUCUAAUAUUCUUGUGCUGUAGACUGCAGUAUCUUUUUUUUUUUUAAAAAAGUUAUUGUCUAUGUCUUCCCUGCAUUACUGUAUAUUAAGCACCACCUACAAACGUCUUCUAAUAAAGGAUACUUUGCACACAAA